AUGGAAUCGGAGGUGAACGGGAGCUGCGCGGCGUGCGCGUCCCACGGUCCGAACCAGAGCAGCCUGGCGGCGCGGAGCCCCUCGGCCGGGGUCACCACAGCGCUGGCCAGCGUGCUGAUCUUCACCAUCGUCGUAGACAUCCUGGGAAACCUCCUCGUCAUCCUCUCCGUGUUCAGGAACAAGAAGCUCCGAAAUGCGGGGAACAUCUUUGUCAUCAGCCUCUCGGUAGCGGACAUUGUUGUGGCUGUAUACCCCUAUCCCCUGGCACUUAUGGCGAUCUUCCAUAACGACUGGAUCAUGGGUGACAUGCACUGCCAGGUCAGCGGCUUCAUCAUGGGCCUCAGCGUCAUUGGCUCCAUUUUUAACAUUACAGCCAUUGCCAUCAACCGCUACUGCUACAUUUGUCACAGCCUCCAGUAUGACAGGCUCUACAGCAUGAAGAACACCUGCUGCUAUCUGUGUCUGACCUGGCUCCUCACUGCCCUUGCCACUGUGCCCAACUUCUUCGUGGGCUCGCUGCAGUACGACCCCCGGGUCUACUCCUGCACUUUCGCUCAGACUGUCAGCUCCUAUUAUACCAUCUCUGUGGUGGUCAUCCAUUUUCUCGUACCACUUCUGGUGGUCUCGUUCUGCUACCUGAGGAUCUGGGUUUUGGUCAUCCAGGUAAAGCAUCGGGUGAAGCCAGACGCGAAGCAGAAAAUAAAGCCCAGCGACCUCCGCAACUUCCUGACUAUGUUUGUGGUCUUUGUCUUGUUUGCAGUGUGCUGGGGCCCACUGAACUUUAUUGGUCUGGCGGUGGCCAUCGACCCUGACAGGGUAGCACCAAAUGUUCCCGAGUGGCUCUUUGUCACCAGUUACUUUAUGGCCUAUUUCAACAGCUGCCUCAAUGCUGUUAUCUACGGGUUGCUCAACCAAAAUUUCCGCAAGGAGUACAAACGCAUCCUGUUAGCGCUAUGCGCCCCAAGGACACUCUUCAUGGACACUUCCAAGUGCGGGACUGAGGGCAUGAAGAGCAAACCUUCCCCUGCAGUGACGAACAACAACCUAGCAGAAGUACACUUGUGA